CAGAGUUGAGUUGUUGACACUCACCAGAGGAUAUCAAGCGGAACGGUCCAAAAUGGGGAAGUUGUCCUUGCUUCAGCUGAUAGUCUCAAUCAUGGUUGCAUUAGCACUGGCACACGAUACCGGCAACUAUACAAUGAACAAGCGGGAAAAGCGGGAGCUGCUGGUGCGUUCCAAAAGAAGGUGGGUCCUGUCCACCAUUGAGCUAGUGGAGGAGGACACUGGACCUUUUCCCAAGAUAGCCACACAGAUAUUCAACGAUAAAACGCCAAUGCUCAAAAACAACUACCAGUUCCGUAUAAGUGGAACCGGAGUGACCGAGGAACCGAUGGGCGUGUUCUCCAUUGGCAACACGGACGGAGUGGUUUAUGUAUACAAGGCCAUUGACAGGGAGACAUACCCCUUCUUUCACAUUAAUUUUGACAUCAUGGACAAGGAGACUGGUAAUCUCGUGGACAGUACUCUGGGGUUCGACGUGGCGAUUAAGGACAUCAAUGACAAUGCGCCUUACUUUGAGAACCUUAUCACGAAAGCCAGUGUGAAAGAAAGUUUACCAGAGGGCUAUCUGCCAGUGCCUCUGACAGUCAGGGACAGGGAUGAGGCGAACACAGAAAACUCCACCAUCAGUUUACGGGUGUUGUCUCAGGAGCCAGCUGAGCCCCAGAUCAACCUGAAGCAGGUGGAGGGCACCAAGAUGAGCCAGCUCACCUUCACCGGCUGCUUCGACUAUGACAAAGUAAAGAUCUAUAAAGUGGUUGUUGAAGCUAAGGAUCAUGGGAAACCAGCCCUGUCCUCAACUGCAGUGGUCAACCUCCACAUAAUGGACUCCAACACUCACCAGCCAGUGUUCAAAAACAAGACUUACAAUACUCAGGUUAUGGAGAUGGAGUCCAAUAGGGAGAUACUCCGAGUGGCUGUGACUGACGCAGACACCCCCAACACCCCCGCAUGGCGGGCUGUUUACUCCAUUGUGAAGGGGAACGAGGAAGGGAACUAUAAGAUUGAGACCGACCCCAAGACCAACGAAGGUAUACUGACUGUCAUCAAGGGGAAGGAUUUUGAGAAGACGACGGUGACCAACGUGGAGAUCGCCGUGGAGAACGAGGAGCCUCUGUUUGUGUGUGGCUCAGGAGGGCCCAACUCCCCCAAAACCCUGACCGCGCUCCCCCAGAGAGUGAAUGUGGCGGUGGAGGUGAUUGACGUGAAYGACCCCCCGGAGUUUGACAAAAAGGUGGUAGACGUGUACGUGAAGGAGGAGGAGGUGACAGGGAAGGUGCUGUACACGCCCAAGGUCACCGACGUUGACUCAGAUGUGGGAAAAAUCAGGUAUGAGUUAGUUGAGGACCCAGCAGGCUGGGUCACCAUAGAUAACAAGACAGGAGCGGUUACUACAGUGAAGAAGAUGGACCGGGAGUCACCUCACGUCAACAAAGACAACAUAUACACUAUCCAAAUCCAUGCCAUAGAUGACGGCAAACCUCCUGCCACAGCUACAGGCACCAUUCUGGUUCACCUGGGGGAUAUCAAUGAUAACAUACCCUCUUUGGUGGAGAAGGAGCUGGUCAUGUGUGGUAACAAAGUGAUUGUGCCAGUAGAAGACAAGGACAAACCUCCCUUUGGAUGCCCCUGUUCCUUCUCCCUGGGAGUGGACAAUGGAGACAAAACACUGAAGAGCCACUGGAAACUGGACCCUGCCAAUGGUAUGGAGGCGGGUCUGGUCAGUCUGAAGACCCUGCCGUACGGUAACUACACGGUGCCUCUGGUGAUCCUCGACCAGCAAGGCCAGGAGGCACAUGACAUUGUCCAGGUGAUAGUGUGUGACUGUGGGAAAGAAGACAAGUGUAGGGCUUCUCUCCCCCGGAGCUCCAGCCUGGGCUCUGCCGCUAUAGGACUACUGCUGGCUGGACUGCUGCUCCUCUUACUGCUACUGCUUCUCCUCCUGCUGUGUGAGUGUGGCGGUAAGAAGUUCACACACCUCCCCCUCAACCUGCAAGAAGAGGGCAACCAGACUCUCAUCAAAUACAACGAAGAGGCAGGGGGCAGUGCAUGCAAGGGUGAGCCCAUGUUGAUCCUGACCCCCACCGCUCCUAACAGGGAAGUGAUAGAUGGAAUGAAGCAGACCACCCCAGGCAUACCGUUUACUCAGAAGACUAAUGAGAUGACCCAAGAGGCCAAUGAGAUGUACAGAACCACAGGGAGGACCAUUGUCACCCAGGUGUCCUCGUCAGGAGAGGGAGGGUUCUCAGGAGGGGGAACAUUCCAGAGAAUGGGCGAGGCCAACGGAACUCUGAGAAGCCAGGGUGGGCGGGGCAUGUACCAGACUACAAGCAGGAACAAUACCAUGAGGAGUAACUCUUCGAGGUAUUCCCGUUCCUUCGGCUUGCUGUCGAACCAGCACAUCUCAGAGCACAUAGACCGGAAGCUGCAUAUGAUUGGAGACGAGGUGGACUACCAACCUUACGGGUAUGGCUACGAGGGGACAGGCAGCAAGUGCCAGUCGCUGGACGAGCUGUCGCUAAACAAACUGGAUGACAACCUGGAGUUCCUGGGGGACCUGGGGUCAAAAUUCAACACCCUGGGGGGCAUCUGUCAGCAGGACAUGCAGGAGAGGAACAUCAGGCUGUAGACACACAUGCACAUGAA